AUGUGUUAUAUCUUUGGUACAACUAUGUUCGGCUUAAUAGAUGAUGGAUCUCUUCGGAAAUUGUUAUUAAAUAGUAGAGAUGGUUUCCAAAAUGCAUUAAAAUUGAUUAUUGAUAAUAAUAAACUGGUUUUCCAAUUAUUAGAUAAAGAUUAUAAGAAAUUUAUACAUCCAAAUACAGAAUUUGUUUUAAAUUAUCUUGUAUGCAGACAUGUGAGAAUUAUGAGAAAAGAUGUUCAUGAAUUAAGAAUCCAUGAUCCAAGUUAUGGUACAGUUGAUUGUACAAGGGAGGAAAUGUAUGAACAAAAUGAGAAAUUUUCAAAAAAAUAUGAUUUGAAAAAUUUAAUACAAUUUGAACUUGAUUUCCCUUUCAUUGAUCCAAAUCCAUCUAUAAAUCAAGAGGAAUAUAUAUUUGAUUAUGAAUGUCAAUCAACUGAAAGGCAAAAAGCAAGAAAAUUAGAUUAUUUAGUUGUUGAACAAUCAAUAGGUCCAAGAAAUGAUUUAUUUAAUAUUGAUUUACAUUCAAGAGCUACAAAGAUUAAUAAAGUUCAUAAAUUAGUUAAAGAAUGUUUCAAUAAAGCAACAAAAUUAAGAAAUGUCCCAGAUAGAUAUAAUGGGGAUUCAUUCAUUGAUUAUAAAAAAUCACCACUGUCUUUAAAAUUAAAAGAUGCUUAUCUUUUAGAAGAAGUUAAAGUUAUUGCUAAAAGAAAUUUAAUCAACAUUUGA